CUUAUUAUUUGUAUUCAAAUUUAUUAAUUAAUUAGAAGUAAAUUCGAAUUCAAGUAGAAGUGUAAUAAAAAGAUCACGCGUGUAACGCCUAUUGUUCACGUACACUGCUACUCUCUCCGAUUCAGUAAUCAGCUCAGUAUAUUUUCUAUAAAAUGGCUAAAUCAAUUGAAUAUCAAGUUAAAGUAAUUCUUUGUAAACCAAUAUUCUUAUGUGCUUUAAAUAAAUGUUCGAUUCUAUACAAAUUAUCAAGAAAGUGAUCACUUCCACAUUACAUCUUGACAAAGACACUUUCAAUCGCGAACGUGUACUCUAAUAUUAAUAUUUUUGCUGUGAGAUUCAAUUCUCUUACAUUUAUAAAAGCAUCAGCGUACAAUGUUGUAAGUUGUGAUGGUCACACGUAAUAGGUCAUACGCAAAAAGAUUACGUUCCGAAUUGAUGUCAGUCAAUUAAGAGCUAAUUAUUUAACACUUCCUUGACCACCAUUUCUAAAUCUAGUAUUACAUUAAUUCUCUCAUCGUUUGACGCGGAUGCGCGCACGUGGCGCGCAUGUGUUUUAUUAGCCGUAAUUCACCAAUGUCAUGAAUGCAGAAUCAAAAACUCGCACAGCUGAAAUUCAAUGCGCUGUAUAAGAUUUUUGUAAUGACGCAUAAACUGAAAAUUCCAGAAUGACUGUCAUUUACCUUGGUUGUUUAUUACGUUCCCCGCAUUCUACCUCUGGUAGUUCACGUAUCGCGUAUAAGAGCAACAUAAUCAUCGUAAUCUCGGGAGAGGUUUUAAGAGAAAUUUAAAAAAGAAGAAAAAAGAAAGAAAAAAAGAACAAUCUGUUACCUUCUCGGAAAGAAAUUUCCAGCAUCCUGAAUGCUACAAUGCGCUAUUAUAAUUUGCGAAAAACACAGAACCAACCCAAGUAGCACACAUACGUUUCAAAAACGUUUUAUAAACGUUUUUCCGAAACGUUUUAUUACCGAUUUUUAGAAACAUUUCUUAUGCGGCAAACUGUUCAUCAAAAAAACGUUAACUAAAACGUUUCUUUGCCGAUAAAAUAACGUUUAAGAAACCAUUAUAGAAACGUUUUUUUUUUACGAAUAAAGAAAUUUUCAAAUUUCUACUUUUUUUAGAAUUUCUAAUUAAUUGUCAAAAACAGUUUUUUUUCAUGUUAAAUAAAAUACAAAUGUUAUUUAAAGUAAAAAAAACGGGAACCUUUCUUAUGAAUUUUUUUUUGAAUUUUCACAACCGGCCAUCCAAGUCAUAACCUCGCCGAACGUUGUUUGAUCCGUAAGACUGCUGCCUGAGGAUGAUCUUUGGAAUCAAUUUUUUUCUGUCCAUCUCGUUUUCUCGCUGAUACGUAACGACUUGUGACACAGCGGAAGAAGUAUCGCAUAAACGCAGCCGCCUUCUGAAGAUAAACCGUUCUCGAGAAUUCUCUUUCUUAAGUGUGAAAAAAUCGUCAUGGACCUUACCCCAGAAAACAACGUAAAUGGAACCAAUAACGGCAUCCAUGAAAAAGCAAAAAAUGUCUUAUUCAACAAAAGCAACGGCACUACCUAUAUGAAGUAUCUUUCAAAACUGGCUGCAGUAGACAUCGAAUUUAACGAUGUGACGUACUCAACUCCUAGUAUUCAGAAAGACUCGAAAAUGAUUCUGAAAGGUCUCAGCGGUCAAUUCAAAUCAGGCAAUUUGACGGCGAUCCUGGGUCCUUCUGGUGCCGGAAAAUCGACGCUACUGAACAUCCUGGCAGGAUACAGAUGUACGGAGAUGGGUGGUUCAAUAAGUAUCAAUGGACAAAUACGAGACAUGAACGAGUUCAAAAAGAUGUCGUGUUACAUCAUGCAAGAAGAUCUUACACAACCGAACCUCACGGUUUUAGAGGCGAUGCGUUUUGCUGCUGAUUUAAAACUUGGUAGAAGAAAAUCGACGUCCGAAAAACACGCUGCUAUUGAUGAGAUCCUAAGUACGCUUGGAUUAAGCGAAAUGCGCAAUACAAUUACAAAUAAACUCUCCGGUGGUGAAAGAAAGAGGUUAACAAUUGCACUCGAGCUGGUAAAUAAUCCACCUGUUAUUUUUCUUGACGAACCGACCACUGGAUUAGAUGAGUUCUCCUCUUCUCAGUGCAUUGAUAUUCUCCAGAGACUAGCGCGUUUCGGGCGGACUGUUGUGUGCUCGGUACACACGCCUAGCGCAAGGGUAUUUCAAAAAUUUGAUCACGUUUACAUCGUAGCCAACGGACAAUGCGUUUACAGAGACUCCGCAAGUAACAUGGUGCCAUUUUUGCUAAACAUAGACAUAGAAUGUCCAAAACAUUACAAUCCGGCGGACUUCAUAAUAGAGAUCUCAGCGGGUGAUUACGGUGUCGAUGUAAUCGAACGGAUGAUUGCAUGCGUAAACGCGAAGCUACCGCUUCCAAUUUUUCGAUCAAAGAACGAGUUCGAUUUCGAUAUAAAGAACUUGAAAACCUCAUGGAUUGAUCAAUUUAGUACGUUAGUGAAGAGAAUGAUGGUGCAGAUUUAUCGAAAUAAAAAUUACAUGUACCUGAAGAUAGUGCUACACUUUUUCAUUGGACUAGUAAUUGGCGCGUUAUUUUUUAAUAUGGGCAAUAAUGGAUCCAAGGCCUACACCAAUUUCUUCUUUUGCUUGUCAUGCAUUAUGAUUUUUUUGUACCUACCCAUGUUUCCAGUACUGCUGCAUUUUCCUUCGGAAAUUCAACUAAUGAAACGUGAGCAUUUUAAUAGAUGGUACGAUCUUAGUGCGUAUUUUUGGGCUUUUACAGUUAUUAAUAUACCUUUACAGAUAUUUUUCGCAAUUUUAUAUCUUUCAAUAGUCUAUUUAAUCACGGAUCAACCCCUGGAGUUGCAUAGGAUCACAAAGUUUUUUGGUACUUGUUUCGUGUGUGCCUUGAUCGCUGAGAGUAUAGGACACAACAUCGCUAGCGUAUUUAAUGCUGUGAGUAGUGUAUUUAUCGGAUCAAUGUUAACUUGUCCCAUAAUGCUAACUGCGGUGCAAAAUUUCGGCAAUCCAAGUCCUUUAUCGCUCUAUCGAACAAUUCUCAUGUACAUGAGUUACAUCCGAUACGCAUUGGAGGCUCUCAUAGUGGCCUUGUUUGGUUAUGGUAGACCGAAGUUACCUUGCUCAAAGAAAGAUUACUGCUAUUUCAGUCCGCCUAAAGAAAUCAUACGAAUCAUGUUAGGUUCAGAGAUAUUUCCUAAUUUUUGGUUGGAUAUAUUCGCUCUUUUUGUUAUCUUAUUUAUUUCUAAAGGACUCUUAUAUUAUCUGUUGAAGCAAAGAGUGCAACCAAACAAAGUUUUUCAGAUAAUGCAUACAAUCAGAAAAAUGAUCAUAAGCCAUUUAAAUAUAUAAUUGUUAGUUAUAUGUUUCUUAUUCGCACGUAUUAUAUAUGAUGU